CAGUGCCACAAUGUGCUCUCUCAGCACAGCCAAUGCCAAGUUCUGUCUUGACUUUUUCAGAGAGCUGAGCAAAAGAAAAAGAAAUGAAAACAUCUUCUUCUCCCCGCUAAGUCUCUCAGCUGCCUUUGGGAUGGUUGUCCUUGGAGCUAGGGGCAACACACUCAAACAGAUUGAGGAGGUAUUUCAUUUCAGUGAAGUUUUGAGCAGUACAAGCCAGGGAAACAGAUACCCUUCUGAGAAGUCUGAAGAAGCAGGAGUGCAUUCCCAGUUCCAGGCUCUGUUGGCUGCAGUCAGUGAGCCCAGACCAGGAUGCUCUCUCACCAUUGCCAACAGGCUCUUUGGAGAAACUACUUAUCCAUUCUUCCAGAAAUACUUAGAUUCAACUAAGAAAUUUUAUCGAGCAGAACUGGAACCAGUCAAUUUUAAACACACUGAAGAAGAAGCCAGAGAGAAGAUUAACUUCUGGGUGGAAAAUGAGACAAAAGGUAAAAUCAAGGACCUAUUUGCUGCUGGAUUUAUUGAUCCCUCUACUGUACUUGUCCUGGUCAACGCUAUAUAUUUUAAAGGAAAGUGGGCAGUAGAAUUUAAGAAAGAGGACACUAAGGAAAUGUAUUUCCAGCUGAACAAGAAUGAGAAAAGGACAGUGCAGAUGAUGUUUCAAGAAGGUUAUUUUAACAUGGCCAUCAUAGAGGAACUGAAAGUGAAAGUGAUAGAGCUCCUAUACUUUGAUGAUGAACUAAGCAUGUUCAUUCUUCUUCCUGAAGUGGUCUGUGAGGACUUCACUGGCCUAGAACAGCUUGAAUGCAGCCUCACAUAUGAAAAACUGGCAGGAUGGACCAGCUCGGCUAGAAUGCAACAGCUGAGAGUGAAGGUGUACCUGCCUCAGUUCAAGAUCGAGGAAAGUUACGUUCUAAACAAAACUCUCCAGGAGAUGGGAAUGAAGAAUGUUUUUGACUGGGGAAAAGCUGAUUUGUCAGGAAUCUCUAGGAAGGAUGGUUUGGUUGUGUCCAAGGCCAUCCAGAAGUCAUUCAUGGAAGUCAGUGAAGAGGGCACUGAAGCAGCUGGUGCCAUGGGUCAUGUUGUAAUACCUCUGUGUCACCCAGUUUGUUAUGAGUUCAAAGCUGACCAUCCGUUCCUCUUCUUCAUCAGACACAACCCAACUGACACCAUUCUCUUCUUUGGAAGAUACUGCUCCCCAUAAGUGGAGGUUAUUUUGGAAAUUAGAUCUUUCUCCAGCUAACAUCCCUGUUGACAGGUACUGAGAACAAGAGACAAGCACAUUUUCGCCAGGCUUUAUUCUAAUGUGUUAAUCUGCUGUACAAAAGACCAUCCGAUAAGAGCCAAAUUGGAGAUAAAAACCUAAAAAGUGUUAACUAUUGCCUUUCUAACAUCAGCUUCAGGCAUGUUUUACUUUUAGGGGGCCUCACUAAAAUGACAUCUACCUUAAAAUACACUAUAUGAUUAUUUACCAAAGAGCUGUAGGCCUGGAGAGGCAUGUACAUAGAAAAUCUUAUUUUGAGUCUUUCCUAAUGUAAUAUGUCUCCAAUAAACCCAUGAUUCUAGUGCCCUAUGAGUGACACAUUCUCCCACAUGAAGGAGACAGGAGGACAGGGAUCUGCAUUAAAAGGAUGAACUCAGGUAUUCAGUC